CCAGCACACGCAAGCACAUCAACAAAAAUCUAGUAGCUUGGUAGUCAGUUGAUCCGUUGCGUAGUAACCGAGUGCUGCACAUUGCAUUUGCAGUCGUUUGGUCGCGAUUAUUGACAUUUUUCUUUGUUGCGUUUUUAGUUUUGUGAUUCUUUAAAAUUCUUUCGCGUUUUUGUGGUUUUAAGUGUUUUUUUUCUCUUUGGAUUAGUAGUAAAUCCUUGGAUUUUAUCUAUUUAAAAUUGGGCAUGGAAAACUGAUUAGUCACCAUGGAACAUCAUUGGAAAUUAUUCGUAGUGUUAAUAUUAGUGCAUUCUAUAAGGUGUAUAGAGGAAGAUCUUUUAGAUCAAUAUGUAAAACAUGUAGAAGCUAGAAAUUCUAUAGAUUAUGACCAAAUACCGUCUAAUAUAAAUCAUAGGCUACACCAUAGAAAACCAAGAUCAUUAAAUGAUAAACUUAAAACAAAAAGGCAUAUUUUCCACUCCGAUUUAACGCAGUGGACCCACUCGGCUGCCUUGGAUGAAAACAAUCAUGUAAUUUUAAGAUGGCAACCAAGACAUCAGGAAAUUUUGUUCAGGGUUGAAGCUAGAACGAGAGGUUAUGUUGGUAUUGGGUUUAGUCCUGAUGGUGGUAUGGAAAAUGCCGAUAUGGUGAUUGGAUGGGUGGAUGAUAGAAAUUCCAGACCAUAUAUUUUAGAUUGUCACGGUGUUCCUAAAAGCCAAGGAAGCGCUCCUGUCAGGGACGAGGUCGACAAUUACACACUGAUGAGGGGCAUUCAGAAUGAUACGCACACUGUCAUUGAAUUUAGACGUGUGCUGGACACUUGUGAUCCUAAUGAUUAUGUACUUAAUAGCGAUACAGUCAGAAUAAUAUGGGCACUACACGAUGUGGAUCCUCCGGAGAGGGACGGUUUUAUUUACCAUGGCGAAAACAGAGGCGUACAGAGUUUACACUUGUUGGCACCUUCACCUUUGCAAACAAUGCCCACCGGAAAUACCAGGCACUGGGAUGUUACGUUGAAAAAUUUCAAAGUAAACGACAACAUGAACACAAUCUACUGGUGCAAAGUUUUCAAAGCUCCCACCCUUAACUCCAAGCACCACAUCACUGGAUUCGAACCCACCAUCGGCAAAAACCAUACAAAAAUGGUGCAUCACAUGAUAAUGCACGAAUGCCAACUGGAACAGGGCGCAAACAUGAAAAUGUGGGAUAAAUUCGCGAACGAGGAUGGACAACUUUGCUACAACGAUAUGCCCAUUGAGUGGGAAAAAUGUUUGACACCGCUUGUGGCAUGGGCUGUAGGAUCCAAAGGCGAAUUCUUUCCAAAACACGUCGGACUUCCUCUGGCCAGUCGGCCAAACUCCUACUACAUGUUGGAAGUUCAUUUUGACAAUCCUUCCAUGAAACAGGCAGUCGACACAUCCGGAUUACGACUUCACUACACCAGCGAACUCCGUGAAAACGAUGGUGGUAUUUUGAUAACUGGAGUCGCACCUUCCACUUUGCAUUUCAUACCUCCGUAUCAAGAAGAGUAUAAAACUGCUGGGUACUGCAGUUUUGGAUGCACCAAAGAGAUUUUUCCUAAAAAUGGUAUAAACGUGGUUUCCGUUAUGUUGCACUCACAUUUGGCUGGCAGAAAGUUAAAAUUACGACACAUAAGAGGUGGUAGAGAGUUGCCUCCAUUAGCACAGGAUGAACAUUAUGAUUUCAAUUAUCAACAAUCCCGCACAUUAUCACAAGACACUACUAUUCUUCCUGGAGAUGGUCUUAUAACAGAAUGCACUUAUUCUACCUUAGGUAGAAGCCGACCUACCCUGGGAGGGUAUUCUACCUCCGAAGAAAUGUGUUUAGCUUUUGUUUUACACUACCCAAGAACAGAGUUGGCUGGUUGCUAUUCAAUACCACCUGUCAAGUAUUUCUUCGAGAAUCUUGGUGUCAAGGAAUUCUAUGGAAAAAAUAUGGAGGAGAUUGAAAAAACGCUUUUGGAGGGAGAAUCUGAAAUUAUGGAAAAACCUCAAUCAACAACCUCAAAACCGCUAUUCCAAUACAAACCGGGCGACGAACUGAACCCUGAGGCGAACCGCAAAGCCAUUCUAGCGCUUCAAAUGGCGAAAGAAUUCAGCAUAGAAGGCGAAACGACGGAUAGUAUAAGCGUUUUUGACAAACUCAUAAUCAAGGAGCCAAUGGAAUUUAGAAACAAGUCGUUCUCGAAUCAUCUGCUGAACAUUCCUUACAACGAAACUAUUUUAACCAAGAAAAUAGAGGAGUAUUUCUACACUGGGUUGCAUUUGACGUUUUGUAGAAAAAGGGAUGAUACUUUAGCAAUUAAAGAAAACAUUGAAAAACUGCCAACUUUCUCAGUGUAUGAGGAUGAAAACAGCAUCCAAUGCAGCUACAAACAAAAAAGAUCCUCAUCUUCUACCACACGACUUCAUACAAAUCUAGUGAUUUUAAGUUUAACACUAGCUAUAUUUUGUAUUUAAUGCCAAAAACUGUGUACAUAAUUUAUUAUUAAAUUAUUCUCUUUCAAAUCACAUUGCUAGAAAAAGCCAAUUUUGGAGCGAUAAUUUUGUAUUUCUUAUCUACAAAAAUUAACGGCCUCCUUCAUUUUAACUGUUUUGUUUGUAAAAUUAUUUAUGUUUUAAGUUAACUAUAUUUAUUCUAAAAAUUUUCCCCUCAUCCUAUUUAUCAUCCUGUAUAUAUUUAGUCAUGUUAUUUUUAGUGCCCCUUUGUACAUAUCAGACAUUUUUUACCAAAUACCUAAUUAGUUUUAGUUUAUUAUUUUUAUGUUGUAUAGGCUGACCCCAUGCUGUGAAAUUAUAAUUAUUUUUAGUUUGUAAGCUUGCGAUUUUAAGUCAAUUUGUACUUAAAGAAAAU